AAAGCAAUAUGGCUGCUCAUGAGUGGAGUAUGAGAACCUCUAGCCCGCCCUCUCACCUUCAGCUGACUUGCAAUGGCACAUAUGUCGCACUUCCGUUGGGAAGAACAUCAGUAGGCGUUUGGAGCUUGCAGAGUAUUUCAUCUAAGCCACUGGAGUUAAUUGGGCAUGGCAAGCCUAUAUGUUGCCUUUGCUUAGGGUCACAACCUCGUCCACCAUUGCUCGUCAGCUCAGCUCAGGAUUACAUCAUUGUGUGGAACAUUCAGAAAGCCAGGGAUGCAUAUGAGGAAG